AUGGUGAAAGAGCUGUGUGCAGAUGGGAGGUUGAUGGAUUUUACUAUCCAGGUUGGUGAUUUUGUGCUUGUAAAAAAGAUCUUUGGGAAAAGACUGCAACACGUGUGUUUCAUCCCUGGGUUUACUGUUGGAAAGAAAUUCAAAAGUGCAUCAUCAGUCCUGUACCCUGUUAUGACAUACAAUUACAAAAAGUACCAUGUGACUCGCAGUGACAUCAUUAAAAUCAGUCAGAAAUCAUACAGAUUUAUUCUGAAACAGAAGAAUGAAGCUCAAAAGCUGGAUCAUGAAAUGAUGUUUGGACCAACACAAUAUAUAGACAGACACGAGAAUACAGCAAAUAAAGGGAAAGUGGAGCAUGAAGAUGACUCUGAAUUCAAUGUUUACCCAUCAGACAGGGAUGAAAACGUGUCUCAGAUGUCACAGAGAACGUCUUUAUCUGGUUCUAUUUAUAGUAUUGGUAGUUCACCGGAUUAUAAAACAAGUUAUGUUCCAACCCCCUUACCCUCACCACCAUCUUCACCUCCUCCUACACAAGAUGCACCCACAGGAUGUGAGCCACGUGACCCUGAAGACUCUAAAGCUGAGAUAAGGGUACUGCCCCAUCUAUUCAGAAUAGUUGAAAUGAUUUAG